CUGACUUCUGAGUAUGUGCUGAAGAGACACUGUUCCUGUAUUACGGUUUAACAUCAAAACUGUAAAAGAAUGUUGACUGUCUGGAUAUCAGCUAUUGUUGGCAGAUUCUUCCUUGUUGACUGUAGUUGUCCAAGUGGAUUUACUGAUCUCUCUAAUGGGACAUGUACUGAUAUUGAUGAGUGUGCCUCCGGGAUCUGUCCUUAUAAUUCACUUUGCUUUAAUACAAUUGGAAGUUACUACUGUCAGUGUAAGCCUGGUUUCAGACCAACAUCUUCACUUGACAUAUUCACAGAAUCAUCUCAGACCUGUGGAGAUGUUGAUGAGUGUUCUUUGAUUGGGUACUGCCCUAAGAAUUCAGUUUGCUUCAAUAUAAAUGGAAGUUACUACUGUCAGUGCAAGACUGGGUUCAGAUCAACAUCCAGGACAACAAAUUUUACAAGUGUCAGUGAAAAAUGCACAGAUGUCAAUGAGUGUCGAGAAAACGUAAUAAUUUGUGGUGUGAAUACAAUAUGUUCAAACACAAUUGGAAACUACUUCUGCACAUGUAAACCAGGAUACAAAUCAAGCAGUGGUGAAGAAAACUUCAACACAACUAAUAAUGUGUUAUGUGAAGAUGUUAAUGAGUGUGAAGAGGAUCAAGGAAUCUGUGGCAGCAAUGCGACCUGUAGGAACACAGAUGGCAGCUACAGGUGUGACUGUCACCUAGGGUUCAGCAACAGGGGAAAUUCCACAGGACACUGCUCAGGAUUUCAAAAAGUUACAGACUGUACAGCACUUUUAAAAGAGGUACCAGCAAGCUCUAUAGAGAAGUGUUUAUCAGAUUUAUUUUCAAGCAAAAACAUAACCAGUUAUGAGCCCAAGAAAAUUGUUGGAGCUAUAAGCUCUUUUCUGAAUCAAAGUGUGCUUCAGACUAAUUUGACUGUGCAUGCGAGGUCAAUAGCUGGGGAAAUGUGUCUGAAUGCCAUCGAGAGUAUACAUCUGCCUGUGCCUAAAGACUCUUAUAAAUUAAUUAAGAACAACGAGAGCUCACAUAAUCUAGAUCUCCAAUGGUUUGUGAUUCCUGCUAAUUCUACUCAUAAAAUAGAAUCUUUACAAGUAAAUGGAAACACCCUGCAAGUAAACCUGCAAAACAUUAUGCAGAACGCCAGUAACGGAAUUGGAACGGUCUUGUUUGCCUCUUAUACUGGCCUUGAAUUUCUUUUGGAUGGAAGAUACUUCCAGAAUAAGUCCUCAGAAGAUAUUGUUUCUCCCCAGAUCAACUCAAACAUAGUUACUGUUGUCAUAAACCAAAAGAAGAAUCAUAUCCACACACUUUUGCAGCCCAUCAAUGUCACUUUCCAGAACAAGCAGCACAAGAGAGAUGAAAAUGAAUUAAUCUGUGUCUACUGGAAAUAUGGAGUAAAUGAGAGCUCCUGGUCCCAAUCUGGUUUGAAAGUCAUCCAUUCAAAUGAAACUCACACAGUCUGCAGCAGCAACCAUCUGACCACCUUUGCUGUAAUUAUGGCAACCAAAGCAGAGCAGAUUGAGGAAGAUUCUGCCCUGUCAGUCAUUGAGUAUGUGUUUGUGAUAACAUCUCUGAUUUGCCUCGGCCUUGCAAUUAUUACAUUUGUAUUCUGUAAAUCAGUUCAGAAAGGACACAACACCAUUCACUUGCACUUGAGCCUUUGUCUCUUUAUGGCUCACCUUCUCCUUUUAACUGGAGGAUCCAAAACUGAAAAUAAGAUGAUCUGUGCAGUCAUAGCAGGAGUACUACACUUCCUUUUCCUUGCCAGUUUUGUCUGGAUGUGCCUGGAGGGAGUGCAGCUGCUUCUGUUAGUGACCAAUCUGAGAGUGGUCAAGUACAGUAGCAGAAACAGACUGACAAAGAGGUACCUUUUUCCACCUGGGUAUGGAAUUCCUGCUGUCAUUGUUGCUGUGUCAGCUGGAGUUUGUCCAGGAGGGUAUGGAACACAGAAAAGUUGCUGGUUGUCCUUUGAAAGAGCGUUUGCAUGGAGUUUCCUUGGUCCAGUUAGCUUCUUCAUCUCUGUUAACAUCAUAAUGUUUGCCAUUAUUUUGUGGGCUCUGAAAUCACAGCUGUCUUUUAUCAACACUGAUGUGUCCAAAGUAAGAAAUACCCGGUUGCUCACUUUCAAAGCCAUGGCUCAUUGCUUUAUCAUGGGCUGCAGCUGGAUCCUGGGCUUUUUUCAAGGUGUCAAAUUCUUCAGUUACAUGUUUGUCAUCGUCAACUCCCUGCAGGGUCCUUUUAUCUUCCUAGUGCACUGUGUGUUGAACCAACAGAUAAGAGCGGAGUAUAGAAGAUGGCUCAGGUGCACAUAUAAAAAGAAGUAUAAAUCUGAGUCUUCUGGAGUCACAAUGAGAACAUUAGCAGACACAAAUACAACAGAUCCUAGAUCUAAAUAAACUUGUGAAACAAAAACUUGCUAAGAAGACCCAAAUAGCUCAAAACGUUCAGGAAUAAUGCAAUCUGUUGCAGGGCAUUAUAAUGUGAAUGUACUGUUUAAGAAAAAAUACCUGAAUUGUGUAAUCACAAUUAUCUUUUCUUUAUGUUUCAUUUAACAAAAUGGAGGGAAAUAAUCUGAGUCAAGACAGUAAAAAUUCAAAAUCUCUGAUUUUUCACAUAAUCACUUCUGUGGAAAUAAUAGUGAAGAUCUGUCAGCAAGAGACACUGAAUUUGUUUGAGUACAGAACUAUUGAUGUGUAACCCAUCCCUCCCUAAUGCCUAUUCCCCUUCAAAAACUAUGAUGGUAUUGUGUAGGUCCCAUAGUUCUAAUUCAUUUGUUUUGGUCUUCUUAAAUGUUUGUGUUCAUACUGUAUAUGAACUGAAGUUUUCCAGAGCUUUGAGGCAGGUAAUUCAUUAGCUUUCUCCACUUCAGCCUAAACUUAAGCCUAAUCUUUGCUUCCUUUCCACAAAACAUAAAGACCUACUUUACCCUGA